GUUCACAGAAGACGGCAUAACAGUCCCCAAUCCCCCCCCCACCCUCUCGCUCUCUCUCACAACCAGGGAACCAACUCAUUUAUAAAUAUGGGUGAGACCGGGAAGCGAUCUCGUCCCCAUAGGGACCGUGAUGGGGACAACAAGAAUCAGAAGAGACGGGUGAACGACAAAGAUGACAAAGGCAAUGAUGAACUGGUUGUUUAUAGAAUACUAUGCCCUGAUGGGGUUAUUGGAAGUGUCAUUGGUAAGAGUGGGAAAGUGAUCAAUUCUAUAAGGCAAGAGACACGGGCAAAAGUAAAGGUUGUGGAUCCGUACCCAGGUGCUAAUGACCGUGUUAUAAUAAUCUACAGCUAUGUUAAGGAGAAGGAAGAGGUUGAGGUAGAUGAUGAGUUCAGUGAUAGGAAACCUUUAUGUGCUGCUCAGGAUGCUCUUCUUAAAGUUCAUGCUGCCAUUGCAAAUGCUGUGGCUAGUGUGGGAGAUUCUGACAAGAAGCGAAAGGAUAAGGAGGAAUGUCAGAUUCUUGUUCCAUCUAGCCAGUCUGCAAAUAUCAUUGGUAAGGCUGGAGCCACAAUAAAGAAACUGAGAAGCAAGACGAGGACAAACAUUAAGGUCACGGCCAAGGAUGCCACCGAUCCAACUCACUCAUGUGCGAUGGACUUUGACAAUAUUGUCAUGAUUAGUGGUGAGCCGGAGGCCGUGAAUAAAGCUCUGUUUGCCAUUUCUGCAAUUAUGUACAAGUUCACUCCUAGAGAAGAGAUUCCUCUGGACACGAGUGUACCGGAUGCUUCUCCAAGCAUUAUCAUCCCAUCAGAUAUCCCUAUUUAUCCACCAGGUGGAAUAUAUCAAAGUGCAGAUCCUAUUGCCCCUCAUAGAUCUGUUCCUCCAAUCGUAGGUGCUACAAAUGUACAGGAUCUCCAGGGUUAUGCCGAUACAGGGAAUACAUGGCCUCUUUAUUCAUCUGCCCUUCCUGUGGUGUCUGGGUUCAGUGAUGCCUCACGAACUGAGGAGUUAGUUGUAAGAGUUCUGUGUCCUUUUGACAAGAUCGGGCGUGUCAUUGGCAAAGGAGGGGGUACUAUUAAAAGUAUAAGACAGGCUAGUGGUGCUCAUGUUGAAGUUGAUGAUACCAAGGAUGAUCGUGAUGAGUGUAUCAUCACAAUUACUGCAACAGAGUCACCCGAUGAUCUGAAAUCCAUGGCAGUUGAAGCUGUUCUAUUGUUGCAAGGAAAGAUCAAUGAUGAAGAUGAUGACACUGUUACUAUCAGACUCCUUGUUCCAUCUAAGGUCAUUGGGUGUAUUAUUGGAAAAAGUGGGUCAAUUAUAAAUGAAAUCCGUAAGAGAACCAAAGCUGAUGUCCGUAUAUCAAAGGGUGAUAAGCCUAGGUGUGCUGAUGCAAAUGAUGAACUUGUUGAGGUUCUUGGAGAAGUUGGCAGUGUUAGAGAUGCACUUGUCCAGAUUGUUUUAAGGCUCCGUGAUGAUGUCCUCAAAGAUAGGGAUGGUGGUCGUAACCAUACUGCUGGUGCAGAUUCUCUAUUCUCUGCUGGUACUGGACUCUCAGUUCCAUCUGUCUUGUCUUCUGUUCCCCCUGUUGCUCCUUUUGGAUAUGAUCAGAGGGUUGAAAGUGGAAGUAGCUUGGGCAUGCUUUCUUCAAGCAGCCUCUAUGGAUAUGGAUCUUUGUCGAUGGGUGAAAAUGGCUAUGGAUCCAUGCCUUCAUAUUCAUCCAAGCUGUAUGGAGGGUUGCCUUCCCCUUCAACACUUGAGAUUUUGGUCCCUGCUAAUGCAGUGGGUAAAGUGAUGGGUAAAGGAGGGGCGAAUAUAGCCAACAUUCGGAAGAUAUCAGGUGCAAUGAUACAGAUAUCUGAAUCCAAAUCUUCCCGGGGUGAUCGUAUUGCCCAUGUAUCAGGAACACCUGAACAGAAGCGUGCAGCUGAAAACUUGAUUCAGGCAUUUAUAAUGGCCACCUGAGUUUUGAAGAUGCUUCUAGAUAGAAGGUGAAUAGAUAAAUCUUGGAAUUUUCUCCCUUGUGGUUCCCCUCCUUAGUUCGAUUAGAGGGCUUCUUUUCUAGGCUCUUCAACUGGAAUACUCCUGUUCUUCCCCAUAGCAAUGCCUACUGAGUCUGUGCGGGAAGAUUCACUAUUUUCUUUAUGUUUCAAGAUAUAGGUUUCCGCUUUGUCGCUUCAUCUCUUCUUCUUCUUCUGCAAUAUCUUAGAACUAGUAGGAUCUUUCUUUCCUUUCGUGUUGUUAUCUGGCCAUGUCUUUUUGACAAAUGUGGAGUCCAUCUUGUUUCCAAUGCUUUCAUACUCUAUAAAUUUGAUAUUCAUGUCAGAACCUAGUUUUGGGAUGAGCAUAAUUAUCAAACUUUUAAUUUUUAUGUUAUUUUCUGGCAAUUUGACCUCUCACUCAGAUUCUUGAUGGAAGAAUCUUUUCUAUCAAUGACUAUAGUGCCUUGUGGUUGGUGAUGAUACCUUCUUUCAAUGUGUCCAUUGGUUUACAUUUUUAGUGCCAUGGGAAGAAAGGAAAAUCAGCUUUUGCAAUUAUGUGAGCUCUCCCUCGGUGCAUCAAUCCAUCUUGUGCCGUAUCCUAGAUAUAUAAGAAUUGUUGCAAAACUAAAUCAUGGAAGUCGUUCGUCAAAUACUAUAACUUUUUUCUCGGCUUCUCUAGAGGCCCUGUUACAUAUACUUCUGUGUGUUUCAUGCCACAUUUCUGACAAUUCGCAUAUGCUCUGUUUCUGAAUAGCCCAUAGGGUGUAAAUUUGGGAAUCUAAUUCCUCAACAUGCUUUGACUCUCACUCAGUCUGCUGUUGGUAGAAAUCAUGAUACCAUACAUUAGUAUUUGUGAUCGUCCCCUUUACUCCUUUAAAGACAAUUGUUUAAUUCUCCUUGGUCCUGACUAAAGAAAGAAAUGUUCACUAUAAGCGGCUCUCGGAGAUAUUGCCAACCCUAUUCGUUACGCAAGUGCCCAUUCGUUACGCUAGUGCCCAUCUGACUCUGAAACUUUUGGUUUCUCAAAUAGAUAUAAGCUUUGGUAUUAGGUAUACCUAGUCCGAGAAUUGAGACAUGAACUUACAGUAUCUUUAGAAAAAUUGAAAUUACCUUGAUAUUUUUUUCCUUGGUCGCUUCGUGAUGGCAAACAGCUUACAUUUCAUUGAGAUUUUGCUUUCUUGGAGUAUAUCUGGUUCUCUUGUGAUGAUGUCAUACUCCGAAAAUUUAGGUAAUUUCGCACUAUAGUGAUAGCAUUGUUGUUGGAACUACCUUCCAAUUAGACUUCCUCUUACAUUCCAGGACCCUAAUUUUCUGUAGAAAGUAAAGUGUCCGAAAUUUAAUUAUCUGUGGAGAAUAUGGCAACAAUAUGCUUGCCGCCAUGUUGGGUCAUUCUGGGUGUAGAUCUAUAAAUAUGACCUUCUCACCAAGACAGGAUCCCCUUGAAUAUCAACAGCGAUAGAGAUGCUCUUUUCGGUAAGAAAAUUCAAGAAUUUCCAGCUAGCAAGGAGAUGAAAGGCUUUUAGGUAGCCAUAAUUCCUUGAUGUGAUAAUAGAACAUUGCCAACAAAGCCAGUUGAAAUCUAUUGUUCUUACUUCCAUCUCUACAUCAUAGCUAAGAUAGGAGAAACCUCAGUCGUGCCUUGCACCAUUAUUAUAGCAGCCCAUUCUAUUAUAAAAAGAUAUAUCCUUCAUAGAUAUAUCUUAAGCCCUUGUUCUCUUAUCAAAAAAAUAUAUUUUAAGCUCUAUUAUUUCUUGUGCAAAUGUCUGCAUUCUCCUCUAUGAAUUCCCACACUAGGUCAGUGUCUAUGAUAUGGUCAGUGUCGAUGUUCAGAGGACCAAUGAAGUUGGUGUUUUGGUAAUCAUUGAGGGCUUGUAGUUGCACUAUUUGUAUUCGAUGGCGAUGGCAAUGGCAGUGGCAGUGGCAGUGGCAGUGCAAAUACCGGUGUUUAAUGCCUUAGUGAAUGUCUGAACUAUAUGUUCGUACGGAUGUUAUGAAUGCUGGUGAAAAUGUAGCAAGGUGCAUGUUAGUAGAGAUGAAAUGCUUGGAGUAGCAAUUUUCAUGUCUUUUGCUUGUAAAUUUUUGUUGUCUGUUAAUUUACUUGUAACAUAUAGAGUCAAAGAAACGAAAUCAAGAAUUCAAUUAAUAUGCUUUCAGCUUUGAC